UGCGAUGAUUUCGCCCCGAAAAUUGCUCAUAAGCUCGGUGACCUGCCUCCAGCUCAAAACCUCGUUCAUAUGGCCGCCGAAAAACGAAGAAAUGACCCCAUCUCGCUGGUUCUACAUUAAACUAGCCGUGUUGUUGACCGUGUCUGUCAUAAUACUGUAUGUGCCAGUUUGCAUUCACAUCCACAAGCUCUUCGAACGUGAUUUAGACGCGAGUGAAGACUUCGCGCUCAUGUUCUCAUACUAUGGGUUUCUCUCAACCAUGAUAUUUUACUCGAAAAACCACAAGAAAAUCUGCGGCCUUAUCUACAAUCUUUGUAGUUUUGAGGAGUUCGGCAAACCGCCGCAGUUCGACGAGUUGAACCAGAGGCUGGAUUUUUACUCAAAACUGGCGUCUGGGUACACGAUUAUAGGCAUGGCUGUGUACAUCGGCAUGAAAAUUUAUAAAAUACCGGACUGUAAGGCGGAAAGAGGGGCGAUUCAAGUCUGUGGACUGACGGUACCACUGUGGACGCCCUGGACUGUCGAUACUUUUUGGUCCUACAUUGCACACCUUAUAGUGACGCUUUUUUACUCGAUGGUUUUCACUCGAGCUACUUUGUUUUACUCGGUUCAAGUUCUAGAAAUUGCACUAAAUCUUGAGUUACGGAUUCACCAUCUUAAACUGUGUAUUGUACAAACUUUCGACGAUCUUAAAUUAAAUCGGGGCCGACUUGUGAGAUGCAUACGCUACCACGAAAAAAUUUUAAAGCUGUGUGAACAAUUCAACGAGGCCUAUUACUGGACCGCGUUCAGUCACAUUGUCUGCUCCGUUUUGGCGUGUGCCUGCGUGGCACAUCAGGCCGUCAACCAAGAUGUGUUAGCUGUUUUGCAUUACAUAGGCUGGAUUAUGUCCAUUUUUGUGGUUUGCUGGGCCGGUCAGAUUCUCACAGACUCGAGCGUUACGGUAGCUGAUGCCUGUUUUGGAUCAAACUGGCUCAGAGCGUGUCCCCGACUACGGCGAGAUUUAUCAUUCAUGAUGAGACGGAGCCAGAAGUGCGUCGAGUUGAGGGCAGGGCCGUUCAACGUCUUGUGUUUUUCUCUGUUCGUCUCUGUUAAUUGCCUAUUUUUUGAGCCCAUUAUCACCAAACACAUCUGCGAGCGCCAAAACGCCGCCAGACACUUUGACGAUAUUUGCGGUCUAGUCACCAACUCGUGGAUGCCGUUUGAUAUAAAAAAAUUUCCAAACAAGCAACUUUUCUACCUCUGGCAGACCUAUUCAGUUUACUGGACUUACGAAGGCUCCGCGGCCAUUUCCUACCUGAUUGUGGCGACAAUGGAGCACGUUUUGAUGAGAAUUUGGCAUCUGCAAGGCAUGAUCCAGGAGGCUAUAAACACGGAAGACGCCCAGGUGCGCAAAAGCCGGCUGGACAAGUGCUUGGAAUAUCACAAUCACGUUUUUCUUCUCGCAGCUGAUGUUGACCGAAUUUACCAGAGGUCGCUUUUUGUGCAUGUCCUUUUUUCAGGCGUUCUUUUCGGUAUUAUGGGGUUCAGUAUUUUGACUGUGGGGAUUUCGGUUAAGACGUUGAGUUUGUUUGUGGUUUGGGUUUGUGCUGCGAUUUUUUCCAGCUUGUCGGCGCAAAGGCUUUAUGAUGGGUCUAUUGCAAUUGGUGAGGAGGUGUACAACAGUAAAUGGUAUGAUAGAGACUACAAGUUUCAAAGGGACUUGAUUACUAUCAUGAAGAGGACGCAGAAACCGAUCACUAUACAUGCUGGACCUUUUGCCGAAAUAUCUAAUGUUUUUAUUUUAACGAUUUUCAAAACGGCGUAUUCUUAUCUCACACUUCUGAAAGCUUCAAAUAAUUAAGGAUGAAUAUUUAUUUGUGUUUUUGUAACAAAAUAUUGUUUUCACUGGCUGUUCGAGAUCUCUGCACAAUAAAGAGC